UAUUUUCCUCUCUUUUUAAAGUUUCAAUCCAGUUUGAAUAACAAACCUACCAAAAACCAAAAAAUCAGCACGGCAGAAGAUUUGUUGAAUGCUGUAUCCAACAAACGUAAAGAAAAGAAAAAUUAUGAUGACGAUUUGUGGGUAAAUGAAAAUGACAAAAAAAUGAAAGAGAAAGCUUCGGGAUUAAUUGAAAAAGUUUAUGGGGAAAUUGGCAAAUCUGGUUUAAAAUUGGAAAAAGAAAUUGACUCAGAUGUUUCCAACUCAAUUCUUAAAAUUCUUAAAAAACAAGGAAAUGAAGGGGAAAUGACAAAAGAUGAAAUUGAAAAAAUCUUUAAAUUAUUUGAAGAUAUGGGUUUCGACGAGAAACAAAAGAAUGCACUUGGAAGUAUUAAGACGAUUUUUGAAGUUUUUUUGGAUAAUGCUAAGAAAGAAUGAGAAGAAAAUUUUUGUUUGGUUUGGAGUUUUUAAGUUGUAAAUUCUAUGAAUUUACAUAAAAGAAAGUGAAGAAGAUACACUCAACUCUCAUUAGUAGAGGCCCUCCUUAAUAUAGACUCCUGUUAUUAGCGACUCUCAUUAUAAGCGACUCUCAAUAAAAGCGACUCUCAACAUAAGCGACUCUCAACAAAAGCGACUCUCAACAUAAGCGACUCUCUUUAAUAACGACUCUCAGUAUAAGCGACUGAUUUUUUUAAAUUCUAACAAUAAUUAUAGUCACAAUGAUUUUCAAAAAGUUAUCCAUUUUGAUUAAUAGGGGGAGGGGUGUAUUGCGGGAAAUUUGCUUUAAAACAAGGGAAAUUUCAAGAUAUCAUUUUAAAAAAUGCCGAGUCCUUAUUUAUGUCAAUACUAGUGAGGGUUGAUUAAACAUGUUUGCUUUUCAAAAAAAUUAUUUAUUUAUUUAUCCUUUUUUUUAAAUUAUAUACCUUUUACAUAUGUAGAUUUACCUCGUGUUGAUAAAAUUUUGG